UAACAACGCUCGUAAACAGAUCCUGCUCGCGCGCCUGAGAGAGAUGAGAGGAGCGAGAGAGCGCAGAGUAUCUAUCACUGCCUUCCGGACAGUCCCGAGACUCUUCACCAGCGGCACCUCACAGUCUGAUAAACCCGACAAGGACGCACUUUUCUGUUGGCAGGAGGGAUUGUUGAGGAGCAAACGAAUGAGAUGUAUGGUUUUCAACAUAUGUUCUGCUAACAUUUAUAUCCUUCUUAAAUGAAACGAAAGGGAAUUUGGAAAGCGUAUUCUGACGGAAGUAUAUAUUUGACACGAAAAUCUAACUGGAUCAAGAGGACAACUUAGGAUGGAGUACUUAAGGGGAUGGCUUCUUGAUAUUUUAAGCUAAUUUUAAAAACGCUGGACUGACUUAUUCCUUCACUAAAACGGCUUCACUGAAGAGUCAAGAAAAACAGAGGAAGAACUUCCAUCAGUUCUGGAUCCAUCUGAGCCUGCCUGCUUUUUACACAAAGCCUCUGAUGUGAGGAGCAGCAGAUGACCAGUAAAGGAGCUGAAUGAGAAAUCUGCAGUCGUCUGUUCUGUCAGCUAACUGCUAAAACUACCAACAGCCCUGAAUCAACUCUGUUCCAAGUUGAAUUAACCCUUUCCACUCACUUGAAUCAAUGUGAUCUAAUCUAACCCUGAAGACGCAGGUAUUCUCUAACAUAAGGAGAUGAAACGAGAACGUUUUAAGCCACCAGAACCAGACGACCCUCUGUGCUGCUGUGGGGACAUCGACCAGCAAAGGGAGUACUGCUGCUGUGACUGUGAAGAACUUGAUGAUGCCUGCGAAAGGUUACUCAGAGGAGAGCCAGACAAGCCAGACGUCUUUUCGCGUUUCAUCUCUCGUAUGGCUGAUCGUUUGGGUUUGCCAUGUUGCACCGUAGGACCUCUUCGACUGGAACUCUCUGUUUUACCUCCCAUGGUUUUAAUCCCUGGCCUGUUGCGAGUCGCAGCGAUUAAUUGCUUGUUGGGAGUUAUAAUCCUAACAGCGCUUCCACUACUGGUGCUUUGGUAUUACUAUAUGACUCACAGAAGAAAAAGACGCACAUUGUUUUUCCUUAGUUUGGCACUUUUCUCCCUCGCCUACAUGUACUAUCUUUUCCUGACUGAGAUCGUCCCUAGAGGAGAUGUAAGUCAUUUGCAGGUGGUUACCGCAACGACAGGCAUGAUGUUGACGCUCAUCUCCCUUGUGCUCACCAAACAGGGACCGGGAUUUGUCAAUUCCCAGUCUUUAGCUCUGGGAAUCAACAGUAGCUCUGCAACCAAUCAGAGCACAAACUUAACAUUAGACACCGCCCUGUGUAAUGGAGUCAGCCAUUCAAAGGGAGAGAAGGAUGUGAAGAAGAAGUGUCCUGUGUGCAGACUGGUGCGCCCACCAAGGGCAGGGCAUUGCAGAAUCUGUGGGGCAUGUGUCCUACGAAUGGACCACCACUGUGUUUGGAUAAACAGUUGUGUAGGCCAAGCGAAUCACAGACAGUUCAUCUUGACGCUCCUUCUCUUCCUGCUGACAUCAUUCUAUGGGAUCAGCUUGGUUUUGAGGAGUAUCUGUCCAAAACAGAGUCUGUUCACAGCUAUGCUUUACUGCCCUGGAGUCUACAACCAGUACAGCACAGCACUGUGCUUCACGUGUGUGUGGUACAGUGUAAUCAUUACAGGUGGUCUGCUCCACCUGUUUAUCCUUCAGAUCAUCAACGUCAGUUACAACGUAACAGAACGUGAAGCUCAGAUUGCUUUGCGCAACAAAACCGGCAGACGUCGUUUCUGCGGCCUGGUUGUGGAGACUGGCGACCACUCGCGUGGCUUCCUCCAGAACUGGAUUCAGUUCCUCACAAUGAACACGGAUGAGAUCGGAUCCUCCCUCAACCUCACAGAUAUGAGGCUUUAACAGAAGAUAAAGAGAUUCAGGCUCUGUUGGGUGGGAAUGCACCUUUUAAGUUGAAGGUUAAUAAAAGUGUAAUAGUAACGCUUGCUGAAUGGAGCAGGUGUCCAAAUGAGAAGGUUUUUGUGUUCAGCCCUCAUCAUGGUCUCAGUGUAUUUAACAUCAGCUAUUCUGGUCGCCUUUCUGCAAAAUCAAACGACACCAUUGUACUGGAAAAUGUACAAGAGAGCGACUUUGGGACUUACUGUUAUAAACUCAGUACUUUUCCACAUGGAAGUCUUCAAGGACAAAUUAAACUGGUCAAAAAGACACCAGAUGAAAAUGGUCUCCCCAUCAUGGUGAUCUCAGUGGGAGCAGCAGCUUUUAUAGUACUUUGUGGAAUCACUAUUGGAGUGGUUUGCUAUAGGAAGAGGAGAAGAAAUCCAGCAAAGACUGCACUGGACACUGGAAGACAGAACAGACCCAAGAGCACAUGUACAGAGAGCGACGGUGAUGACUAUCUGCAUGUGAAAUAACCUAACACAAUGUCAGUAUUGGACAUUCAAUUGACCAUGCUGAUGAAUUAUAUUAAAUUGACUGCUUUUAAAAAGACACUGAUGCAUAGACUAAUGCUUGGAUAAAAAACUUUUGUUGACUGGCACAUAGUUAUAAAGUUUAGUUUUAAGAAACUUCCACUUUAUACUAUUCACUACCGUAAACAGAACAGAGUUUUACCAUUUUUUCAUCCACUAAGCCGAUGUCUGUGUCUAGUGGGAGCACUUUUCUUAGCUUAGCAUAAA